AAUGGCUGAAGGAUAAUCUGACACGUUUUGGAAAUCACUCUAUAUUUAUUUCAAUGAAAUGGAUUUUGAAUCUCAAUUGUUCGUGAAAAAGAUAUAUAAAAUCAUUAUUCUAACAGUGGCUGUAAUUAAAAUUUGGAUAUCCUUAGAUUAUUUCAUUUAUUAUUGCAUACUUCCUAGAGAGAUUUUCGGUAUGUGUAUACUCUACAAUUGGAGCAAGUGUUCUUUGCAUAUUAGUAUACUUUAAAUUGUAUAAUAUAUUAGGUAUUAGCACCUGCUUGGCCUAUGUGGAAAAAAAAUUAACCUAAUUGGUAACAAGCAAAUUGGUAAAAACAAAAAUGA